AGUGACGCGCCUGCACAGCCCCAUACUAACUUGUGUACUGUGUUGUGAUUGAAAGCUCCUCUAGGCAGCUUCAUUGGGAACCGUCUCUCGUGCCGCAUCGCUGUGAUCCUUGGGGGCUUCCUGUCCUCCAUCGGCCUGGUCCUCAGCUCUUUCGCUACCAGCCUGGAGUACCUGUACAUCACCCUGGGGGUCCUCACAGGUGGGUCCCACCUGACAUCCUCCUGACCCACUGCAGUAUCAUUAGGAACCCCUAUAAAUCACACAUCAUAUAAUUUAGGGAUACUGGGUAGACAUACUGUACCAAAAACAUGCCCUAGAAUGGAUCAUAGCAUACCAACAACAACCUUUUCCUCUUUUGAUUUGCAGGUAUUGGAUUUUCCCUCUGUUAUACCCCUGCCAUUGCCAUGGUGGGGUCUUAUUUCUGUGAGAGGAAAGCCCUGGCGUACGGGAUCGCCAUGUCAGGCAGUGGCAUCGGGACCUUCAUCCUGGCCCCUGUGGUCCAGCUGCUCAUAGAGCACUACUCAUGGCACGGGGCCCUACUCAUCCUGGGGGGCGUUGUCUCCAAUCUGUGUGUCUGUGGGGCCUUACUGCGCCCUAUCACUCUGAAAGAAGAAGAGGAUGCCCAUGGUCCGGUUCCGUUGAACGCCGAGUGUGGAUAUGGGGUGAAAGCUCAGGUGGUGAGCACGUUAGAGGAACCACUGGCAAUCAACAACAGCAAAGACAGCCGCUGCUUCCAGUCUAUGCAGGAGUACCGCUUCCUGCUCAUGCCUGACUUCCUGAUGCUGGCGGUGAGCUUCUUGUUCCUAGCAAGCGGCUGCAGCCUGCCCUUCGUCUACCUUGUGCCCUACGCACUGGAUGUGGGCGUAAGCCACCACAAGGCCGCCUUUCUCAUGUCUAUCCUGGGGGUCAUAGACAUCGUGGGGAACAUCACCUUCGGCUGGCUCGUAGACAGGAGGUAGGCCUGAGUUUUUAAAAUUGUGUUCCAUUGAACAUGCCACCACAACAAAGGUAUUUUAAUUCUAUGAAGAGUGCCUCUGUCCUGCCUUGCUCUUUGAUAGGCAAGCAUUCCUUUAUUUGGACUGGAAGACAGGUCCAAAACAUACCUGUAUUUGUUGCAUUGUAUCUUUCUGUAGGUCUUCCUCUACAACAUUCCACUUGGAGUUUGUGUGAAAUCAGAAGCAAUGCUUUAACAUAAAUAUGGAUCCAGCCUUUUCUUAUUCAGUUUUCACUCGUUUUUUGCAGUAUCACUAUUUACUGAGCUGUUACCUAGUUUUUGUAGUCUCACCUUUCAGUGAACUGUCUGUCACCCAGUUUUACUCUAAAGCAGGGAUCUCCAACCCUGUUCCUGGAGAGCUAUCAUCCUGUAGGUUUUCGCUCCAAUGCUAAUCUAGUGCACCUGAUUCUAACAAUUAGCUGGUUGAUAAGCUGAAUCAGGUUAGUUACAACUGGGUUUGGAUUGAAAACCUACAGGAAGGUAGCUCUCCAGGAACAGGGUUGGAGAGCCCUGCUCUAAGAAAUGGAGCUGUUACCCAAUUUUAUCUUGAAGGUGAAAAACAGCUGGUUUCAUCUUACAAGCCACCCUUACGGAAAAACCACAUGAAUUUCACGCGAUCACAUGUGAAUUGUUCCAAAAACACAUGUUUUCAUGUGAUCAAUUGUGAUCUUAUGUUAAGUUAAUGUGAUAACGUGACAACAUGUAAAGCAACAUGUGAUAACGUGACAACAUGUAAAGCAACAUGUGAUAACGUGAUAUUCCACCUGAAAUCAUGUGGUUUUUCUGUAAGGGCAUUAACAAUUGAGCUACAGAUCAUUCAGAUGGUCAAUAUGGGAAAUAUCCCACUGGGCACAGAUGUCAAGUCAACGUCUAUUCCACGUUGGUUCAAUGUAAUUUCAUUGAAAUGAUGUGGAAACAACGUUGAUUCAACCAGUGUGCCCAGUGGGAUGUGUUUUUAGACUGAUUGUAUGCACUAUUAUUCUUCCCCCCAGGUGCCUGAAGAAGUAUCGUAAUGUGUGCUACAUGAUUGCAGUGGGCAUGGAGGGACUGUGCUGCCUCUUCAUCCCUCUCCUGCGGACGUUCGCCCUGCUGGUGCCUUUCUCUGUGCUUUAUGGGUACUUCGAUGGCGCCUACGUGGCCCUCAUACCUGUGGUGACCUCAGACAUUGUGGGGACAGCUAACCUCUCCUCCGCUCUGGGGAUUGUGUACUUCCUACAUGCCAUUCCUUACCUGCUCAGCCCUCCAAUAGGAGGUGAGUGUCCUUGUGUUGAAAGGGGAGGAAUUAAGUACUAACCAAUCACAGCACAGGAGGUGGACAAAAGAGAUGGCAUGAAAUGUCCACACGUUGUUUGCUGAUCGCAAAAGUGGUCUUUAUGAAAGCAUUUAGUGGUACAAAAGCCAUGUUUGGGCCAUUGUUAUUGCUUCACUAAAAGCUUUGCCAAAUACCACAUUUGCGAGCAGGAAACAAUGAGCAGACAUUUACCUCCCACUGGGCACAGACGUCAAUUCAACGUAUAUUCCACGUUGGUUCAACGUCAUUUCAUUGAAAUGACGUGGAAACAAAGUUGAUUCAACCAGUGUGUGUCCAGUGGGCUUCUUUCCAGACCGCUCAUAUACUCCCUCUCAUCAGGUAGAGCAAGCCUGCUGUUCUCUUUAAGAAAAUGCAACAGCAAACAAUCUCACUUACAGUAACCUUAUGUCAUUCUAAAGUGACCCACUUAUUCAGUCCUGAUUCGGAAAUGAUUUGUAGUUGAGUUAUUAAAGAACGCUUGUGUCAUGAAUGGCUGGUUUCCUGGGAACAGACUAAACCUAGUCCGGGAAACUGGCCCGAAUAGUACACCAUGGAUGUUUCAUUAGUCAAUUAAUUACAAAUGUUAGAUGUUCACGUUACAUAAAAAAAUAUUUUGUCAUGGAUGCAAAAAUUUUGCAUUAAGUGCAGCAAUAGCUUGUUAAAUUACCCACCAGUGUACUUUUACUGAUUUAAAAAUGAUUUAUUUUGUAUUUAUUAACACAUGCAUUAUAGUCAGCAUGUCUUCCAUCCAUCAAGUUAAAGCCUAAGUGAAUGUUCAUAUCUCCUUCCUCCUCCCUCCGCAGGCUGGCUAGUUGACACCACAGGCACCUACACGGCCACUUUCUUCCUCAGUGGCUUUGCCCUCAUCUCCAGCUCCCUGGUUAUCAGCACAGUGACUGGGAUACGCCACUGUCGUAGGACCCAAAAGCACAGAAAAAACAAUAAAGACACAGACCCCAAACAGGAGCCUUGUCCAGGCAGCCGAUCAGACUUCUACAUACAGUGAGGGAAUUAAGUAUUUGAUCCCCU